CUCGAAUUGUUUAACAAAUUCUGCAAAAUUCAUAGUGCUAGCUGCAUAGUAUUCCUCUGAGAUUCUUUCCGAUUUCUGGCUCAUGAAAAGUUUUCCUGACGCCACAACACGGGCGAGGUAUACAUUAUUCUGGUUAAAAAGUAUAAACAAACUAGUAAGGACGCUAAACUCAUCUUCACGGAUUGUAAUAGUAGAGAAUAUGGCGGAGUUGGAUAACACGUGUACGGUGCAGGUUAAGGAGGAGAAACUAUCUGAUAACUCUCCUGAGAAAGAGAUCAUCGGAACCUUGAAGAGACCACUGCAGGAUGACACUAAGAUAGAAGAUGAGGCUUUGAUCAAAAGAGUGAAAACUGAACAACAAGAGGAUGAGGUAUGUUCAACAUGCAACAAUUAUUCACCGAGAAGUGGGAAAAAAUGUAGUAAAGGUGUUAUUUUCAAAGAGUUAUUUUGAAAAUAUUAUUGUACAGUAAUGUGCGGUGCAAGGACACUGUGACUGGAACCCUUUACCUUCAGUGUAAACAUACCAUGUUCAACUGCAAAAUAGUUCUCCUUGUCCAGGGACUUAAAAUCCCUACCCUAAUUCUCAGUCUAACCUUCAACUGUAAAAAGAAACGCUACUUCUUCAUACCAUAACCACUGAUCAAUUUCCCCAUAACUAAUAUACCCUGCUCUUGAUUUAAAUGGUCCGAUUUCCAUAUGCUGUCCCAGACUAAACUGCUCUAAAAUCCUAUCCUUCAAGUCUGAUCGCUCUGACCACUACAGCUGUAGCUGGAUUUGUUUACACAACACAAGCGGUGCAAGGGAAAUGGAUCUGCACAGAGUGGUUGCAGGUGGCACAGGGGCAUAUGGCUUAAAAAGCCUGCCUUUUAAGAUAGCCUCACACUCUGAAUGUUCAAAUAAUGGCCUUUCAUGGUUGAAAAGGGGUAAUGAUCUUUGAUCAAAGAGGGAAAUAUUAAUUAAAUCUUAACUUUAAAGAAAUUUGAGGGCUUCAAUCAUGAUAGCAAAUAUUGUGCUUUUGAUCAUAUCUGCAUGGAAAGUGUGCAUUACAGUCAGCUCUAUCAUAGCGACCACUUCUUGUAAGCAACCAACUUCAAUAAGCAACCACUUUGAAAAUAAUCAUUUUGUUUCUUAGUCAAACACUUUUUCAAAAACUCUCGUAAGCGACCACUACUUAAAUUUCUAAUGACCACUUUUUAAACAAGAAAUUUGGCAUUGUUUUUGUUUUCUGUUGCCCUUUAAGCAACCACCCAGCAUGAUAAUAAGAGAAUCAUUGCUCAAAUGUCUCAAAAGUUCAGUGUUUGAUAGCACUGACCAAGCAUGCUGACAGAUUAUAGCAGCUUACUUUGAAAAAAGACCGGUGUAAUACAAUCUGUAGGUAAAAAAGUAGAUUGCUUACAUUUUAGCUUGUAAGAUAAUCAGUUUAGUUUGAGCUUAUUUUCUUGAUAUUUCCUAUAGACGACCGUCUCCCGUAAGCAACCACUUUGUCUUGCACCAAGGGUGGUAACUUAUAAGAUAGUUGGCUGUAUUAAUAUUAAUAAGAUAUAAAAUAGUACAGUUAGGGCAUAGUUAAUAUUAUCAGCAAUACAGUUAUAGUGUAUAUGUGUUACUCCAUUUUUUCCUGUCACACCUCCAGAAAGCAGAGGAUGAUAAUAAAGGAAAAUCAAAUGUUGUUCCAAGGAAAAAGAAGUGUGCUUUGUUGUUGUCAUAUUGUGGUGUAGGAUAUAAUGGAAUGCAAAUGUAAGUAGGACAUCUUGUUUUUCUCAUGUAUGGGUAGAACAGGUAUGGAUCUUGGCAAAACUGCUCCUUUUUUUAAUGAUGUGAGUACUAAAGGCAUGUUUUCACAGGGUUUUGUAUUGAUAUGUUGACUCAUUUUCGUUAUUUUCAAUACGAUUACUUUUCCCUGCCCCAAAAAGCAUUUUUUGGCUAAUUUGCAGGGCAAUUGUAUUUAGGUUUAAUGUGUUGUUGUUGUUUGAAAAUCCUUCUUGGCCCCUUAGAUAAUUCCACAUCCUUUUAUUUUUUCAAAAUCUUACCAUUUUCCAUAAAACAAUGAAAGUAGUCUGGCUAAAUGCCUGGGAAAAGAGGAAAUAUAUGUAGGAUGAAGUCAGUUUAAGGGACAAGAAUUAAAGCUAAGAUAUUUUUUGACUUUGUGAAACUAGUUACUUUGCAGACUGUACCCAGUAGCUCCAGUCUACUGUCUUUGGGCUAUCAAUUAUGUAAUCAUGUAGUUACUCUUUGGUGAAAACUUAGCUGGGUGGAUGUUGACAUUGAACACUGUUGUUGUUCACUUCAAGAGUCUAAAAUGUCCAUUAUAGUUGUAUGGCCCAGCCUUGUUUGUAGCUGUGUUUGUUUAUUAUCAUGGACAAUAGAAAAUUCAGCCCUAAUCUUUGCCAGGUAGUGGUUUACUCAGUAGCUGUCUGGUGACAAGACAGGCAACAAUCCUUAGCUGAUGGUGUGUUCUUUGACAGCCUUCUUAAAUUUGAGAAAAUAACUGUUACUUUAAACAUAAUUUUAUAAUGACUGUUCCUUUUAAAUGUUUUUACAACUAGUAAUCCAGGAGUCAAGACUAUUGAAGAGGAACUGGUGAAUGCAUUGUACAAAGCAGAGGCAAUAACUGAAGAUGGCAAGGCCUGUUUAGGCAAAGUCAGUGUUUUAUUCUUAAUUUUUGUUUCACCAUGUUUCCUUAUUAAAGUGGUGCCUGAAAAAUGCCUGACAUGACUUAUGGUUUACUACUAAAUUCUCCCAAGAUAUUACCUUGUAUUUACUUGUAAAGCAAAGAGAGAAUUUGGCAUUACAUCAAGAGCCAUUGUACACAGGGCUUAAUUUGAACAUUGUGACAUGAAAUUACAUGACUAUAUGCCAGAAAUCAAUAGAGAAAGGAUGUCUGUUUGUUAAAUAACUCAGUUUUAAUUCUGUAAUUAAAGCACUUGUAACAAGUACUGUGGACAACAAAAAGGACCUUUGACAAGUGCUUUUUGAUACUAUUUGUUAUAAAUUUAUUGUACUAUUUUUGUAAUGAACUACCGCUGGUAAUCACAUGUACCUGUAGAAGUGAUAAUUUUCAGGGCCGUCACUUAGGGACAGGGGCCACAGAUUUCCUUUGGCUACUACAAAUAUGACUGCAGGGUGCAAAGAAAAUCAUUUUUACAGCUUGCCAUUCAGCAAGCUGAAGCUAGCAUUUACUAGCCCAGACGUCAUUUCAGCUAGCCCCAAAAGCUUUUUGACUAGUAGAAUUAUUUGAAUUCCUCAAAAAAACAUCACUUGCCGGUUGGGGGCAGUUAAAAACAGAAUUCACUGGCCCAAUAGUAAAAUCCACUAGCCCCGGGCUAUUGGACACUACUUUCUUUGUACACUGCGACUGCCGCCUACUUUCAUAGGAAACAAAAGGAAAACAGAACCAAAAUAAUUUCCUAGUUGUUCAUUUUCCCACCAACUAAUUACAUAUACCUGGCAACUUGAAAUCUUAGUUACAACCCUGAAUAUGUUCGUUAACCCGUUAAGCCCCAGUAUCCACAUACAAAUUCUCCAAACUGAUCUCCAUACAUUUCCUUUAAGAAUGAAUUGAGAGAAUUUGAUAAAAGAUCAAGGCAUUUUUACUUGGGUGAUCAUUUUAAUAAUUGUCAUAACUUAUCUGUUGACAGUGUAUGGAUAUUGUUAGGAGGAAAUUGAUCUUGGUCACUAUUUGGGCUUAAAGGGUUAACUGGGAUGAUUAUUUUACUGUCUUUCUCUGCUUCACCCCUUAGAUGUCAUUUCAGCGAUGUGCUAGAACAGACAAAGGAGUGUCUGCUGCAAGACAAGUUGUUUCAUUGAAGAUAAGUAUUGCCAUGAUUUGUUAGUUGAAUUUUCUCAUGCUCAAGGCAGUAUGGAUUUAACUAUUUCUUGCUACCUGAGAAGAAUUGAACAGGUACUUGGAAAGUCAGUCUUUGCAAAAUGAUUUUACUUUUUCUUAUUGUCCCAAUGUGGUAAGUAAUUGAUAAUAUAUUCAUAUAUUUGUAUCAGAAACCAAGAGUAAUGUGUACACUGUAACUUGCAAGCAAGUCUUAAAAAAACUUGCACAGUGUACGUAAUAUAAUAAAUGUGAUAGAUAAUGACAUAUUUUUUGUUUAUAUCCUUCUCUUUUCAUAAAUGGUGCCAGAACAAAGCAUUGUAACAAAGAUAAAUGAACAUCUUCCUCCUGAGAUAAGAGUUAUUGGUGAGUUUAACAUGAAGUUAAAUUUCUAACAUUACUGUAGUACAUUGUAUGACAAUUUAAAUUAAACCUCUUCAGCAGCACAUUGUACUGUCACACGGUGCUAUUUAUUAACCCAUUUGCUCCCGAGAAUUUUGCAGAAAAAUGCUAAAGCUUACCACAAAGCCCUUUACAAGUUGUGUACUUUGCAACCUUCUGAUCCACAUGCAAAAUAAUAGCUUGCGAAGUUCACAGAUGUGCAGAAAACAAAAUUUCAAGGUAGUUUUUGGGUUUAAAAGUGGCACAGCAGUCUUGACUUUUCCUUUUUGUUUCCUCCUCCUCUCUUCUUUCUCUGGGCAUUUAGUAGGCUUCAUUUUGGAGGACAAAAUUGUUUAUUGUGACGCUUCAAAUGAAAUCCUUCAGAAGGAUGUGCUUUUAUCUUAUAAACAGUUUUUUACAGAUGUACUCCUCAGUGACUACAGUGUGAACCCGAUUUUUUCAAUUGCUUACAUGGUUGCCUAAUAAUUAUGAGAGCACUUCUUUCAUUGAAUUUGCAGAACAUCUCUACCUAUUUUUUUUUCAGCUAUGAAAAGGACAACUAGAGGUUUUGAUGCCAAAGGAAACUGUUCAGCCAGGACAUAUGAAUAUCUUACUCCAACUUAUGCCUUUGCUAAAGACUAUGUAAGUCAUCCUCAAAGUUCUACUUUUUACUAGCAAGUUAAGAUAAAAAAAUAACUGAAUAUCACAUAUUUUACAUAAAAAAGUUAUAUUUUCAUGCCCUGGUUAACUAUGUUAAUUCUGAAUUGAUCAAGGUUAAAACACAACUUCGAAAAAAACCAAUCCAUCUAAAUGGUUCUUUUCUUCACUAACUUUCCUAACAAUCAAUUUAAACUGAAAUGGCUGCCUUACUUUCUUCUUUGACAACUUGGAAGAUACACUGAGUGAAACAGUUGAAGACAAUCAUUGCAACUGAGAAAGUUGCCACUAUGCUCAUUUUUCUCCUCUUCAUGUCAGUGUCCACUCCCACUCCGUCAGAGACAUGAUUUUACAUUAUGAGAAGGAUGAAAACCUAUGUGCAAUCUACAUUGCCAGGAAGACAGACACUGUGGCACACAUGUCCCCUGGGUGCCCGUAUUUACCGGGUUGCACUGUAUGUUGUUGCUACACUGUAAUAAUUUUAAGUGUGCUUGUCUUUUCUCUGGUGUGGCUAGAUUAACUUAUUCCACUGCUUUUUAUUUUCUGUUCUCGGCAGCAAACAACCUCAAACUACAGAGUUUCAGGUAAGAAUGAGAUUUCACUUAACCAUUUUCUGCUGAAUUCUGGCUUCUACAAGUGUGUAAUCAAUUUCAUAUGUUUAAUUAUCUAGUUCCUUGUGACUUGUAUAUAAAUGUUAUUUCUUUGCCAUCAAUUUUUAGAAGACAAGAUUGAGGAAGUCAAUCAAGUCCUUUCAAAAUUCCUUGGAACACACAAUUAUCAUAACUUUACGUCAGGCAAGUGAGUGAAUUACGUUUUUAAAAUGUACUGGUUACUAUAAUUUAUUCAUACUGUAUAAUUGACCCCAUAACCAAGGAGGGAAAUGGAUUCUGUUUGUGACAUUGAGAGCCUUACUGUCCUUUUUGGCCACGGGGUGUUAAUCUGUGAGCAGGCUCACAUGUAGUGAAUGAACAGCCUAGCCAUGAGACAUAAGCAUGAGCAGCAAAGCCACAGGAGAGAUGAGCCAGUGUGGCAGCCAUAGAGGAAAUUAGUGCAAAACUCCAACGCAAAUUCCUGGCAGGCCAGGAAUUAACACUACUCUCUGUACUCUACUCCCUGAGCUACAAUAGUUAUUUCUGCUGUUAAGAGUAGCCAAGUUCCAAAUUUAUGUCCAGCGCAUGGUUUAGACAUCAAGGGUUUUCAUUUAGAAUAGCAUCAACUUUUACUAGCUAACUGGUCUGUGUGGUGAAGAAGAGAUUAAAUCAUGGACCAGAUGUGCAGUGAAAGAGCCUUAUAGAAUGCAAUCUUACAUUCUCUGCAAUGGUAGCUACCUAGUGGCACUUAAAUAGAAUCUGCUUUUCUUCUCUUUUGAUUUUUUUACUUUUUUCUCAGGCGGUUUGAUGAUGCCAGUGCAAAACGAUAUAUUAUGAAGUUCAAGGUACCAGAGAAAUCCUUGCAUAUUUUUUUAUCUGUUGUUGUUAUCAUCAUCGUUAUCAUCAUCAUCAUCAUCUUCUGGCUGCUGAGUGGGUAACCACAGUUUUACUCCAUUUUUUCCGGUCUGAAAUUUCCCAUUUUUUUAAUUUCUAUUUUUUUUUUGUUAUCUCCUCGUAGACAUUGCGUGUACUAUUGAUAGAAAAUUUUAGCCUUGCCUUUUUCCAUGUUAAUUAAGGCAUUUACAAAGUGAAAACUUAGUUAUUUGUCCUUUGGUAGGUGCAGUAUGUACAUUGUGGUUCAAUUUUUUCCUUUGUUCAAAUUCAUUUUCCUUUUUUUUAAACUCAUUAUCAUACAUUACCAUACCCAAAAACAAAGGAAAAUAAAAUUUGAACCAAGGAUAAAAUUGAACCACAACAUAUAUAUUGUUAAUGCAAUCAAAAGAUGCAUGCGAUGAUUGUUACAUUUGUCGUCAGAUUGUUGUUGUUUUUUUGGGCCCAUGUUUCCAAUAUUAAUCAGAACUCUUUUUUUCUAUAGUGUGGAAAGCCAUUUGAGAAAGAUGGCAGAGAGUACAUUACCUUAUCAGUUAAAGGCCAGAGUUUUAUGCUUCACCAGAUCAGAAAAAUGAUAGGUAGGAACUGUUAUGAGGCACUGGUCUAGUAGAAUUCAUAACCCGCGCCCAUGCGUUCUUCUCGUGUGGCAAAUGGUGGGUAAAGGAGGAUACAGGUCAUAACUUUAAUGUUAAGAACACUUCUUGAAAAAGCGGAGGAAUUUGUUUAAAAGUCAUCACAUGGUAGUGAUAUGUGGGUAAAAACGGGAAUACAAGAGUAUGGGCAAAUUUAGAAAUGAAUCGUUCGUCUUGAAAAUUAAAAUAAGACGCGAAGGAAUGGAUUAAUUUCUACAGAGUUUAUACCGGGUAACCGCUUCAUUUAUCAACACUGUUAUACAACUCAGAUAUCACUUUGUUGAUAUUACUGUUGCUUUUCUUACUUUCUCUAGGUCUUGCAUUAGCAAUUGUCCGUGGAGUUGCGCCUCUGAGUACAAUAGAGCUGGCUAGGAAAGAGAAGAAAGUAUGUUUAACGCUUUGUUGACUCUUCACGGUUAUACAAAUUUCAUGUCGUUUUACUCAGGAUCUUAAACGAGUUGCCCAAAACCCAAAGACUCUUGUUUGAAAGCAUUUCUCGUACGUUUGAAGCAAUGCAAUAAAGCCCUUGUUUUGGAGUUUGAAGUUUUAAAGUGCUUUAUUCUGAAACCACUGUGCCAUACUCCUAGUCUUGUUAAUUGUUUUCAGUGCUUCCAGAAACAUGUAUUUUUUUGCAUCUGCUGAGCCAAGUUUUUCUGUUUUCUCGUAGGUGGAUAUCCCGAAAGCCCCAGCAGUUGGCCUCGUUCUUGAUAAGGUAUAGGGAAGUAAUUUUGAAGUGCGUUUGUUUGAAUGGUCAUACCUGAAACCAAGACUCACUUUGUACAACAUAAAAAAAACAGCACCAAAGCGAAGUUCUGCUUGGUUUCUCUGCUUUAGUUCAAUACACAGUGCACAUUUUUAAAUUCAUCUGUGUGAUAAUCCCAGCUCAAUUUACUGUUCCCACGAACGACUUGAUAAACAACGUUAACGUUACAGCCCAACGAUUGAUGAUCACAGCUUUAGUGGCGAUCGUUAGCACAAAACGACUUUGCAGUAAGAAGACUUUCACUCCUCAGUGUUUCGUAUUCUAGUAGCCUGUGUAGAGCCAGCCAGAAAAGACCCCUUUCCCGAGCUUUUUCUAAGGAGAAGGGGCGGCUGUACAUAGGCUGAGUAGUAUUCUAGCUUGUUUGAGGCGAUCAGAUAUUUUGGACGGCACGAAGAAGUGACGAUAACAGGUGGAACACCCCAACGCCCCCCCCCCCCCUCUUCUCCUUUUCUGUUUCGCUCUGCUUUUCAUUUCUUGCCGUUGCCUCCUCUUUAACACUUGGAACGGGUUUUACCUUUUUUAAACCUGAAGACGGAUCCACUCUACGGUAUAUAAGAACUGCGGAAAAUAGUGUAUGGCAAUCGUAGCAUAAGGCAAACGUAAAGCAAGGGGCACACAUACACCAGCUCACGGCCUGGCUAGUACCUCGCGCAUGUGCACAGCCAUAUCACCUGGGCAGUGGCAGCCAUGGACAGCUGUUUCGCUCUUACUGAGACUCAUCAUCAUGGUGUAGCCAUCGCGUCAAUGAUCGGGGAAAAUCCCCGUGUAUCAGACCCUUUAUUGCCGGAGCAAGUGCAAGCACUCCUUUAAGCGAUAGCUCCACACAACACAUGUUGGAGCUAUUGGCUGGGAACCGCACGGCAGUUCUCCCACGGCUUGCGCGGGGAAGGCGGAUCAGGAGUUACCCUGAUCUGUGUGCCAGUAAAUUCAAUAAGACAAACUUAAGGCAAGGAGCCCACAUGCACCAACCCACCCCUCGGCCUGGCCAGUACCUCACUCUUAGCAUAGUAUUUCUUCACAGAAUAAGAAAUUACAACGACAUUGCAAUUAAGGUCAGGGUUCGAUUCCCGUUCACGCUUCAAUUUUUUUCAGGUUCUUUUCAACCGCUUAGGUUGUUCAUUCUACUGCGAAGAUCCUGUUCACUUGCAUGUUUUGUGUUUUGUUAAUAUUUUUCCCAGGUUCACUUUGACGCCUACAAUCGGCGCUAUGGGGAUGAUGGGAUACAUGAGAGCUUAGAGUGGGAUGAGAACGAGGUAGCUGUCGCCACGUCAAAUUUUUUGUGAUUUUGUGUCGGCCCAUUUUAAGAUCAAGCUUGCUUCUAAUGUACGUUAGAAUUUUGAUCACUGUACUGCCUAUACAUGUGAGAAAUUCUAACAGGACAAUAAAAGAAAUUUAGCAAAAUUGGUCUAGAAUACAGCCAUCAACACCGGCCUCGGAGACCCAGGGGCAGUCAGUCGGGUUGGGAGAAAAGGUGCGACGAAAGCUUUCAAGUGGAUGCUUGAAAACGUUCGUCGCGCCUUUUCUCUCGACCUGUCUGACUGCCCCUGGAUCUCCGAGGAUGAGCCAUCAUACAACUCGCUGGACGGCAGGAGUAUUUUCAAGAACGCCAAAUGGUUGCUGAACAACGAAUGACUCUGGAGUUUAGUGACUGGGGUUAGCAAACUGAGUGAAUCAAGUUUCAGGUCAGUUUGCCCAGUAUUUUGACUCUAGAUGGAACCUGAUGCACUCGGUUUCCCUAACCCCAAUCACUAAAGUUCAAAGUCAUUUGGCGUUCUACAAAAUAAUCCUGUCGGUCGCAGGAAGCUUACAAAAUAAAAGCAUUAGUUUGAAUCAGUUAUGACACUUUUCCAAAUGUAACUAACAUUCUGCAGCAAUUUAAGAUUGUAAACAUUUCACCCUAAGUCAUGUCGAAAAUGGCAUUAAAAGUCGUACAGUCUAUAAACAACUGCAUAUUUGCAAUUUGUUUUCAGGAGAAAGUACAGAAGUUUAAAGACGACUUUAUCUACAAGCACAUAAUUGAUACUGAGAUGCGACAGGCUGUGUAUCCUUAAUAACUUGCCCCAAACUAAGCUGUUACAGUUCUGUAUGUUGUUGUGGUUUGCAUUUUUCGAAUAACUAGUCCUUUCGUUUAAGCGACUACCGUAAAGGAUCUUCUAACAGACCUCCGAAGCGUUUAUUUAAUUUUGAGGGUCCAAAAGGAGGCGUUUAAUAGAUAAAAGGCGUUAAAAGGAGCCAUGUCACGCUAUUUGUUACCUUUUUUAAAAUGUUUCUUGUUACUUAAGACUGUAUUUGGGCAUUCAAUGUGUUUCCUGUCGUCUGUUGCAAAUGAUGGCAAGGAUGGAAAAGGAUUGAAACUUGAAAACAAUGGGCCAACUUUUUCAAGUUUAAAUGCUAUGCCCGCAAAAAACACCGAAAAGUUAUUAUUAAUAAUCCUCUCUUAUGUCUUCAUAACUCUACAAGAGCAUUUUUCUUAUGGGUGUUAUGGUACUAAGUAAUAGAGAGCUUUAGAUUCUGAGACGAGGACGACUGCAGCGUUAUUUUGGCGGGAAUCUGUGGUAGCCGUCUUCAAUCUACUACCAGUUUUAGCGAGCAUGUCGUUGUGGCGGGAACAAGUUAUCAAAUGUGAGAAGUUUUAUCAUUUUGCUAUCGGGAGAGGGCUUAAGCUCCUUCAGUAUAAAUAACCGUACUAACUGUUUUGGAGAAAUAAAGUAAAAUGAAGCUUUUCCGGGGUGUCUUUUUUUAACACGCGCAAAACCUUUAAGUUAAAUCUCGUACUCGUACUCGUUCUCGUCCUCAAAUCUAAAACUCUCUAAUGAUGCUUCAGCACAGAAUUGACCCGAACAGCAAUACCUUGGUGACAUAGGUUGACUUCACCAUAGUCGUUGCUGAAGCUCCCUAUUGUACGUCACAUUUGGCCUUAACUUAGUUAAGAGUGUUGAAAUGGCUGAGGACACUACCGGAUCAUUCUUACACCGACGAGAGAAUGGAAGAAAUUCAAUCUAAACCUGACGACAACAGCAGUAAACUAAAUACAAAAACGGACGCAAACACUACAGCAGACCCUGCCGACAAAUCCUGCUCUCCAAUAGGGAGUAGUGAUACAAAACUAGUCACCAAGGGAGGAGAGGCUGACAAGAACGAGGAAGUUGGAAUAUCAGAAGAUCUCAGCGAAGUUAUCAAACAGGAAAAAUAAGAAAAUAAGUGAAAAUAAGAAAAAUGGAAAUACAGUGCAUCGCUGCAUUCCCGUGGACUUUCCACGAAAAGCGUCGAGCGCUUAAUAUGUGUAUGAAAACAAACGGCCGUUUCGGCAGGAGUUCAAGUGGACAGUCGUUUCUAACAGACAUUGUUUUAAAAAAGAAAGAAAUAUGUUGAGAAUUACAGUAAAAAUCCGCAUAUAAGAAACAGUCGAGGUC